GCCUGGACAUAAUGUUGGUGGCGGCGGCGGUGGAGGUGGGGGCUGGGGAGGCGGACAGACGCCCGCGCAAACUGGGUGGGGCGGUGCGACGCCCGGUCAGCCGGCCAGCAGCUCGCGUAGCGGUGGCUUCGGCGGUGCGACACCUGGACGACCUGCAGCAACUGGCGGAACGGGAUGGGGAGGUGCAACGCCUGGGCGUCCGGCGGCGGCAACUACCGCUUCAUGGGGCGGCGCGACGCCCGGCAGGCCGAGUGCUGAUACUGCGGCUACGGGCGGCGGUGGUGGAUGGGGCGCGACGGCUUGGGACGCUGCACCUACGCCCGGCGCUGGGACAUGGGCCGCGCCGACGCCCGCCGCGGCACCCACCCCUGCACCCUCGGGCGGCGCAUGGAACGCCAAGACGCCCGCUGCGUGGGGAAGCGGUGCGCUGAGCGCCGAGACGCCCGCCGUGAGCGGUGCAUUCGGCGAUGACCCCGCGUCGAACGAGCUCUCGAAGGAGUGGAUCCUCGACACGGACUUUGCCGAGAACAGGAAGGGCCUGCGCGUUAAGAUCCAGAACACGCGCGGGGACGAGCCCGGGUACGAGGAGUGGUUCGAGGGCGAGAUGGAGGGGAAGGAGGGAAGGGUCCUCGGUGCGCUGCGCGUGGCGAAGGAGUUCCAGCAGGUGGCUAGUGUGCUGCUUGACGGCAAGACGCUGUCGGUGCCGGUCGAGUACCUCAAGCCUAUACAGCCGCGGAAGGCAAACGGGAGGGCGCUCGUGCUGGGCGGCGGGUUCAAGGGCAAGAUCGUCACGCCGAAGGACCGCGGGGGCGGGCAGUGGCUCGUGCAGUUCGAUAAUACGCUCGAGGAGGUCGCGAACGAGCUGCUGUGCAUCUGGGAGAACCCGGAUGCGCCGUUCGAGCCGUAG